AUGGCUACGUAUAUGCCACAACCGCGCCGAUGCCUUAAGGAGGCGCCAAAUGUUGGAAGAGAGGACGCCCAAGACGCUGCAACAACUGGUGGAGGCGGGGUUCACGGCACAAGAAGCUUCCUACUUCUUGGAGUCACAUGCGAAGGCCAAGGAGAAGCAGGGCUGGUUUCGACGCUGGGACGCAUCAAUGCCUCCCAUGGUUCGACAACAUCUGGCAUCCUUAACGCCCAACGGCAUGGCGUGCGAAUUCCCUUGCCGCCACUGUCUCGACCCUUGGAGUCGCUGCCGGCAAAUUGCCCCGAACUUUUACUGGGAACUGACUUCCAUUCUGAUUGGCUACAAGUGUGUCAUCCGCAUCCACGAGACACACACAUCCGCUUCGUGUCGGAAGGUCACAAGUAUUUUGUGGACAACGAGCCCUUUGAUCUUUCUGUUACUAGCUUUGUCUGUACCUUUUCAGAGGACUGUGAGUUUGACGCAGACAACGCUAUCGAGAUGAUGAUGUCUGGUGCUCGUUGGCCUCGUGUAGAGUACAUGAAUGGCAUCAAAAAUGGAAAACUCGCUCAUCCUUGUUUACAAGUUCCUGACUUGACAGCAUUGGGCGCCGUUCUCGCGCAGCCUUCCCUAAACUUAGCGCACGCAAGCCAUUGUCUGCGCAGCACAUUGGAUGGUUGCUCUGCUGAAUCACACGCCCUGCUUGCGAGCCACAUUAUGUCUCCAGCUGAAAUCAGGGAACAUUGGGCCCUAAAAGCGCAGAUGGCAUCGCAUGCAGGGACGUGGACCCAUCUCCAGUGCGAGUGUGUCUUGAACGGUGGGGCCAUCAAAGGAACUUGUGCUGAGAUGGACCUGCUACGUACCUUUGUCGGCCGCACUCGGCCUCUGCUUGCCUUCCGUACAGAGUGGUGCAUCUGGGCUAGCGAUGAGAGGUUGGCAGGUUGCAUCGACUUCGCAGCAAUUGACGAGAAGGGACACCUUGUGCUAGUUGACUGGAAGCGCACCAAGAAUUUGCAGAACAAGUUCCAAAACCCUUGGCGCGCACUGGCGGAGCCGUUGGAGCACUUACCAGAUGCGCAAGGUGAAACUCGGUUUCCAGACGAGGACCACCUCGACGAGCAGCAGGAGCAGGAAGAUGCAACCCAACCUGCCCUGACUGGCAGCGCACCAGCACGCAGUUCUGCCGCAAAUGCGCGUGCGAGCUCGCCCAUUGGCCCAUCUCCACGCACAGCAGCAAAGUCGACAGCGAAAAAGAGGAAGGCAGAGGACAGAGGCCAGCCAGAGGAAGCGGAAGAGGAGGUUAAGCAGGAGGGGGUGGACCCUGCCAAUGGCGAAGAAGAAGCUUAUGAGAAACUCAAGUUCAGAAGGAUGUUGCCAGGGGCUGCAACGUCAGACAAAGAUUUUGACGACUUUUUCUUGAACCUUGCGGUCACAAAUGAUAUCUUUCGUUUGGAGCCAGCAGAGGAGAUAGACACAUCGGACACAAUUUUGCACAAAGUCCGCUUGUGGACAGGCUCGGUGGCAGAUGUCAUGUCAGCAAAUACGCCUGACUAUAUUGUACGGUUGUGUGUUGGAAUCCUUGCCUUUGGAAAGGCUAGACAAGCAGACAUCUUCCUCCGAGAGCACGCGCUGCUUUAUUGGAUCGCAGAAGGAGGACGUACCCUUCGCUUUCAUUCUGGUGACUGUUACAUGAAGAGUCCUAGCGGUGCAUUUCAGCAGCACCGAGGAGUUGCUUUUCUCACUGCCUGUGUCGAUGCAUGUUUGAACUUUGAAGGUGAUGCUUCUGCACGGAAAGGACAAGGUAAAGGAGAGGAAGACGACGUAGCACCGCCCAGAGGUCCAUGGACUGCAGCAAGUGCCAAAACUGUCUUGGCGGUAAAGAAGCAAUUGUCGUACGAACUCACACAAGAUAAACUGUUGCACUACAUGUGCGAGUGGUGCGAUACCCCCAAAGUAGUUGAAGGAGCGUGUUGCUAUGAAGACUGCUGCAUCAAGUAUGACUUUGAGGAGUCUGCCGCAAAGCAGGUGCAGCGAGCUGCCCUCACAAACUGCUAUUUGCGCAUUCCGCACUGCCUGAAAGGCACCAUUCCACAGAAUGUUGUUGAUCGCCUGCGAAAAUUUUAUGCGCAAACCUUUUGGGGCAACAUUGACGUUUUCAAAUGUGGCCAGGCGGCACAGGCAUUAGCCAAACGAGGCAUCAAUGUCGUUCGCCUCUUCAUCGGCCUGUCGAGUGGGGGCGUUGGCCAGUCCUUAUACUCCACGCACCUGGAAGCCAUGUACGUUCACAAUUUCGCAUUCUUCGACCCGAACAUAUGGUACAACGAGGAGGAAAUGCGAAAACAGGUUGAGCAGCUGAACGGAUGCAUGAUUUUGACUGGCCAAGAGACGCCUGGAACUGGGAGCGCCUUGGCAGCGAGUCUACUUUCUGAUGUAGAAUUGAGUGUGGUGGUUCGAAAGCUGCGCGAAGAUCUCUUCAAGAAAUUCGCGUCUGCCGAUGGUAUAGCUGGCCGCAAGCCCUACAGCUUUAAGACACGCAUGAUCCACUGCAUUUGCUGGAAGCGAUUAGAAGCGAAUCGCAUGUUCCACUUCGACGACGUGGACGCCCGCAAUUUUAAUGCCAUUCUGCGGCGGUCCUUCGUCUGGCGAGUGAAAGCCCACUUCGAAGAUCCACAUGUGAUUGCGGAGGCCUACGAAGAUAUUCACAAGGACGGCGUCUUUCCGAAAGACCCUGACCUGGCAGUUUUUCUUACGUCGCCGCCUGCAGUGGGUGCGGGAUUGCAAAUUCAACAUGCCUUCGAAGCGGAGUACAGCAAGCAAGACUGUGUGAACAUGAUUGAAAACUAUGUCACAUGGGGCGGAGAUGGUGGCCUGACCGAAAACACAAUGAGAGCUGCCUGCAGGCUGCCGCUAAAAGAUGUUCGGGCAGUUGGAAGCAGGGCUGCGGCGGUGAUGGUUGUUGAUGAACCAGACGAGGAUGUAGAUGAGCGCGAGAGCUGGCUCACACUUCGGAAAGCAAUGGUUGACUUUUUGUUGAUCAGGAAAAGACUGUUUCCGUCACAAGCUUUCUUGCAGAACAUGAACGUCCGAGGAGGAAAGGCAUCCGAAGUCUUCGUACCAUGCCUGACAUUGAAGACCAGUCUGGACACAGUGAUUCAGCACAGGGUCCGGGAAUGUGAUCUGCAGCUUCCGGAGUCAUAUGAUGUUGAGGCUUUUGCGACGUACUUGCACAGUCACCUUCAUCGUCGAGAGAACGUUCAAAUCUUUGCAGCUUUUUGGAAGCACAUGAGCACAGCAAAGCACAAGAAAGCUGGCAAGCCGACAGCGCAAAAGAAGCAACGAAAGGCAGACAUGCUAGGCAAAGCUCAGCAUCUUCUUGAUGCAGAGAAACAUGGAGAUGGUUUGUUGGAGAAGUUUCACGCAACAACAAAAAGGAGAAGAACCGCGCACAGGAUUGAAGAGGUGAAAACAGAGGAAGGAGAGAAAAGCAAGGCUAAGGGCGCUUUGGCUUCAGUAACGUGCAGCUACCACUAUUCUGGGCCCACCACGCUUCGCACUCGGAAGCAGGCUUCGGAGUUUAGCGCACAAAGAAUGAGUCGACGAGUGCAAGCUGUGAUUUUGCCACACACGCACGACCUAGACAUUGAAAACAGCCUCUUCACCUUGAUAGCGCAGUUGCUGGAGAAACUCGAUGUGGAUCCGGCCAUGCCUGCAGAGGCGCGGGAAGCUUUAGAUUUGUGCGCCCAAAACCGCGCACGGGUUUGUGCGGAAAUUUUGUCUCUACCUGGCUCGCGUGGAAAGCAGUUGCUCGUCUCCACUUUCUACGGCGGGUCUGUGUCGCCAGAAUUGCAAAAGCUGGCCAUGAAAGAAGCUGCCGUCGCAGGUCCUGCUGUUUACGCAGCUGACGACGUGCUGUGCAAAGCAGGGAACUGCAUUCCACAUGCGCUGGCGUGCCUGGAAAUGCUGGAGUCAGAAGAGGUUGGUCAGCAGGUCACUAUGUGGGAUGUUGAUGGUGUGUAUCGGCUAAGCGUGGCUAGCUUCACCGACGCUUUGUUGCGAGGAACUGAGGAAACGGUCGCGGAAUCCUGUGAUGAGAUGCUUGCAGAAAGUUGUAUCCUGAAGGAAGGUGGAGUGCAGGAAGAGGAACCCUUCGAAUGGUUGGACGAGGAAGGGGCCGUUGUUGUGGAAGAGGCUUUACUAGGCAAGCUCCAGGCAGAGGUUGACGAGUGCGUGACCAAGUCAGCUGAUUGGAAGAGUAGAGGCACCAUGCCUUGUCCACUGUGUCCUUUUCGCACGUUCCAUCGCCGAGAUCACUGGGAGCGCCAUGCGCGCAGGUAUCACAGCAGGAGACAGCAAUACUGUUGUUCAGGAACGAAACAGCUAAGUAUUGUGAUCGCUCUCCAUGAUGCGGACCAGCUGCACCGACGCAGAGGCCGGAACUAUCUCCAAAGGUCUGCAGAUGUGUUGCGCCGAUCUGUUCGACCAGCCCUGUCUGCAAAAUGCAAUGCCAUCGACAAGCACAUCCGGCUGCUUUUGGAUGGAUCUGGACCUAAGGUGGUGCAUGCUGAAUAUUUAAAGGCAGGCGUCACUGCUCGCCGAGUUGGACGACUGUGGUACACCCAUUCCUUUGCUGAACAGGUGUGGCAAGAAAUGCUGCUUCACCAUGGAAAGGCGGCAGCGCUGCGGCCUCGACUACUGGUGAAGGCAUUGAACGCAGGCAACCACAUCGCAACGCUCUUACCAACACAUGUCAAUGCAUGGUGGCCCCUUGUGGAAGAUAUUUUUUCAUCGGCCGCAUGCCAAAGUCUCCGGGCCGAUUUGCUGGAGAAAGCAAUUGCGCAUGGUGAAUGUUCCUACUUGUCCGUGGAUGGCACCUUCAAGGUUUGCUUGCCGGUGAUGGGCCAAGCGAACUUCAAUGCUUGCUGGUGUGAGGGCGAGCUUUCCAUUUCAGGUCGCAGUGGGGCCGUUCUUGCAUUAGAGCCUUCUGUCGGAGAAAGCCCUCCACACAUCGUCGCUUGCUUGCAGACUUGUUUGCCCCAGGCAGGCCUUCUGCAAGUAGAACAUUUGGCCACAGACAGUCCGAACGAAAAUUUGCUGGCUGAGUUGACAAAUGUGUGUCCCAACUUGAAAGCCUUGUCGUUGGAUCCGACCCAUGCAGCCAUGAAGUACGAGCAGGCAUUGGUAGGGAAAAGAUCAGCUGGUUCCAGAUUGCUGCGAUCUUUCUUCGUGAAGUUCACGGCGCACGACCCGAAUGUAGAAAGCAACAUUUGGGGCCCUUUCUACGCAGGCGGGCCUGUGCCUGAGGUACGGCAAGAAGCUAAUCUGCGGCAGCACAUCUUGGAUGUGUCCAUGUCUAAAGCCCGAGCCCGCCGGAUUUUGCAGAGUGCUGAGCAGCUUCUGAUUUGGCCGACUCGCAUUCAGUUCAUAGAAGCAGUGGCUGCUUUAGCAGCGCUGCAUUCAGAUGAUAUGCAGAAAAAGAUUGACGGUUCGAAGUUCACUGUGGCAAAGUUCUUAUACAAACUUACAGCUGCAGACAAAGUCGAAUGGCUGACCAACAACUUACGCUACCGACAGUUUUUGCCUGCAUCUCGGAGGAUCCUUCUCCCGAGCGGAACAACUGCCAACGAGGCACUGCAUGCAGAGCUAAAUGCAUGGUACAAACAGGUGCAGCAGAUGCACCGAAGCACCCUUGCUUUGAAACUGGGUAUGCAAACGAUCGGAAAGCUGCUUAGCCACCAAACAGCGCUGCAUUGGCCUACAACAGUGCAAAUGCCUCACGCCAUGGUCCUGGCGGCAGCUACAACGAAGCCACUCUGCAGGAGCAACGCGAAAGCGGAGUAG